AUGGGUGUUAUGCGAUUCCCUCGACCAUCGGGCAUCUAUGUCCCCAGCUCGCCCACUCGUCUACUCACCAUCGAUAUGAUCUCUCCUCCUCUUUCCCCAGACUUCAACUUUGACUCUGAAGUCGUCCUUCCAUCUAUUCUUCCUGCCCUCGAAUAUAUCUCCUCAAAGUUGCAACAAAAGACAAUGCACGUCACACUUCUGGUCGGUCGUGGCAAGCCAUACCCAACUGGCCAGGCCUCCGAUUUGAUGGUCAUCCCGAUUACACCCCUCGAUACCCCUUCACGACGUGUUCUAGAGCGAGCAAUUGCAAAGGGUGCAAAGAAAUUCUCUCUUGGCCCAAGCUGGACCGAAGCACUCAGCCGCAGCCAGCACGAGCGCCACGCAAAUGAGUACCUUGUCCAACAAUCAAUCCUCCAGAAUGAAGUCAUCUUUAGCCAAGAAGGUCUGACUCUUCUGAACAUGGACCGAAUUUAUAUCUUCAAGCGCCGCAUGUGCAUUCUCUCAAGUCGGCCAUUCUCCCGAACUGACGAACAAUCCAUGACUUCUUGCGUGCAACUACUACACCGCAUCAUCAAGGAUUUCCAAGGCCGGCCUUUCAGCAAGGCCUUUUUCCACCGCGUCUAUGAACAAUUAGAUGUCAAGGAUGACCUCCUCGCUGUCAUCGCCACAGCCUAUCAACACACAUACAACCAAGAAGCAAUCGUCCUACCAUCAAAAAGCAAGAUUGAGUCAUCAAAAGGCAAGAUUGAGCCAUCAAAAACCAAGACUGAGUCUUCUCGAAAGUCACCAGUCCACACAGCCCCGAUUCGCACUGUUCGUGUCCGGCAUCAACCAGUAGCAAAGCCUAAGCCGUCCAAGUCAGAUACAAACAAGGCACUGCCCGCAAAACCAACAACCGUAAAACCAACGCCCGCAAAAGCAGUCGCGCCAAAGACGAAUCCCAGUCCUGUCAGAAGUCCUCUAAAGUCAAGUACCAUGAAGCCGCCUUCUGUCAGACGCGGGCCCAAGACUCCUCUCUCGGCAUCGGAUGUUACCCCGAUCACGCGCAAUGAGUGGAACAUACUCGUUGGUCAGGAUAUUCGGUUGCAGCCAACGGUCACCAAGUGGACACCAUCGCCUACUGUGUACGCUAUGGCUUGA